AUGGAAGACAAUCUUGCGGCAGAAAUUGCGCGAAUAGAGGCGGAGUUGGAAGCGGACCGACAGCAGCGCGAAAAACAACAACAGCAACAACAACAACAACAGCAGCAGCAGCAGCAUCAAAUGAGCAUGCAAAACAUGAUGCCCAGCUUUGGUGUAUCCGCAGUUCCACAACCAAUGCAACAUCAACAUCAACAUCAGCAGUCACAACAACAGUCACCACAGCAAAUGGGUGUAUUGCAUGGGCAAGUCAGUGGUUCAACAUCACAUGCGCCUGGUCAACCUCACCAUUUCUCAAAGGAUAGCGAUGGGCGAUCCAUUUUUGUUGGAAAUCUUCCUAAAGGUGAUAAUGGCGGACCCACAACCACGCCAGAGGAGUUGGCGCAUUUAUUUGCCGACUGUGGUCCCAUCCUCAACUGUACGUUACUGCGCGAUCGCACAACUGGUGAGUUGAAGGGCACGGCAUAUGUUGAAUUUUCCACUUACACCGGAAUGGGUAAAGCUAUUGAUACUAAAAACAACACCAUGUUCAAGGGUAGUACUUUAAUUGUAUGUUGA